GAUCACGUGACAAAGCCCAUAGUCAUAUGAUUUCCACACAACGUGACAUAAACAACCCUGUCGCUAUUUCUACAGUCUUAUGUACCGAUGUAACCGGUCUGUUGAUUUCCAACUGGCAUCUUUAAGUUACUGCUGUAUAAUGCUGAAGGAAACUCUACGGCUGUUGUGUCUCCUGGCUGUGCUGGAGUCGGUCUGCUCCCGCGGCUGCUCCUCAUUCUUCUGCCGGAGAACCCGGCGUGUGAGCGGGUCACAUGAUGGAGCCGACCCGGGCAAACCUCUCAUUCUCACUCCCUAUCUGGAGGAAGGCAAGAUCGAACAAGCCAGAAAACUGAGUUUGGUGGGUCCUCUACCUGGUGCCAAUGUCAAGAGUUUCUCUGGAUAUCUCACUGUGAACAAGACUUACAACAGUAACCUUUUCUUCUGGUUCUUCCCUGCACAGGUGAGACCGGAGACCGCUCCAGUGCUGUUGUGGCUGCAGGGAGGACCUGGGGGCACGUCCAUGUUUGGCUUGUUUGUGGAGCACGGCCCAUAUUUUGUUAAUAAAAACUUCACAUUGGGCUACAGAGAUUUCCCCUGGACAUCACGCUACUCGGUUCUGUACAUCGAUAACCCGGUUGGCACAGGGUGGAGCUUUACUCAGGAUGAUCGAGGAUUUGCCCAAAACCAGGACGAUGUGGGCAGAGACUUGUACAGUGCCCUGAUUCAGUUCUUUCAGAUUUUUAGUGAGUUUCAGUCCAAUCCGUUUUAUGCCACAGGCGAGUCAUAUGCAGGAAAGUAUGUUCCAGCAAUUGGUUACUACAUCCACAAGAACAAUCCCUCUGCCAAAGUAAAGAUUAACUUCAAAGGAGUGGCCAUCGGAGACGGUCUGUGUGACCCUGAGCUGAUGCUGGGCGGUUAUGCAGAUUUCCUCUACCAGACGGGCCUGGUGGAUGAGCUGCAGAGGCAGUACGUAAAGAUGCAGACGGAUGCAGGAGUCAAACUCAUCCAGGAACAGAGAUGGGUGGAAGCAUUUGAGGUGUUUGACAGCUUACUGAACGGUGAUGUUGUUCCUUAUCCCUCAUUCUACCAAAAUGCCACUGGCUGCACUAACUACUUCAACUACAUGCAGUGUCAGGAACCUCCAGAUCAGGAGUAUUUUUCUUCAUUUGUGACUCUACCGGAGGUUCGCCGUUCCAUCCAUGUUGGCAAUCUCACAUUCCAUGAUGGCUCUGAGGUUGAGAAGCAUCUGCUUCAGGAUGUCAUGAAGUCCAUAAAGCCGUGGUUGGGUGUUCUCAUGGACAACUAUAGAGUGUUAAUCUAUAGCGGGCAACUUGAUGUCAUUGUUGCAGCUCCUCUGACCGAGCGCUUCCUGCCCACCGUAAACUGGUCUGGAGCAGACGAGUUUACAAAAGCAGAGCGCUUUGCCUGGAAGGUCCAGCCCGGUGAUACUGAAGUGGCAGGUUAUGUACGACAAGUGAAAGAGUUCUUCCAGGUGAUUGUCAGGGGAGGCGGGCAUAUUUUGCCUUACGACCAACCAGAGAGAUCAUUCGACAUGAUUGAUAGAUUCCUCUCUACAGAUGGAUUCUCAUCACCCUGAAGCACUAAGAUCAGAUUGAAAGUGACCACUGAAUGAAUCUGUGUUUAGUUGUGUAACAUUUCAAUGCAAUCUUUUUGUUCUAUUAUGAAACGGGGCAGGGAUUUGUUUUUAAUUGGUUGCUGUAUGUUUAAUUAGCAGAGACUGUUUUUAUUGUAUUUGUUUUUGAUUAAAGGAUGAUUUGAUAGUAU